AAAGCAUUCGCCGAGACUGCGAGACUGCGACCCCGUCCACACGCGCACACACGCGGGGUAAGCGAUCGACUGGAGUGCCGGCCGUGACCUCAAGCCACCACCAAAACCCAGUCCCGCGACAUUUGUCCACCUGACCGGAUCUCGACGCGACACCCACCCACCCAACUUAACAACAACACGCCCCCCGACAGACUUUCUUUCUUGACCAUCACCCAUCCGCUCACCCACCACCAUGGCGCUCGUAUCCGUCCCCAGUGGCGACCUGGUCUACGUCGUGGGCCAGAACCUCAGCGGCGUCACUGGCGCGUACCGCAUCCUCAUGGAGAUCUCGCCGCAGAUGCACCGCCUCGACGCGGGGCACAACGCGCUCGGCAACGACGGCGCCGUCGCCCUCUUCCGCGGCCUCGCGACCCAGCGCAUGCGCUUCAGCGCCGGGAAGGGCGCGCAGGCGUGGGGCAUGCGCGAGGUGCGCAUGGGGCAGAACAAUGUCGGCGACGAAGGGCUAGCCAACGCCGUGUGGUACGCUAGCGAAGACCAGGAGCUCAAGAGCCUGUGGAUGCCGGCUAACAGCAUUACUUUUGCAUCGGACCCAGGACACCUGUCGGCUCUGAUUGAGCAGCUCAACAAGUCACAUUUGACAGAACUGCGACUAGCGAACAACCGACUUUCCCCCGCGGCUGUAGAGCAGCUCUUCACGAACCUCGAGGCGCCGCGUCUCCGCGCGUUGCAUCUGUCCUCCUGUCGACUCCCAGCCGAGGUGGCGCCCGCGAUCGCGGACUUUGUCGCGUCGUCGCGGUCUUACGGCCUCGAGAUCCUCGAGCUCAACGGCAAUAGCCUCGGAGCAAAGGGUGUAUCCGCCGUCGUCGACGCGCUGCAGUCGAGCAACUUUACCCUCCUCCGCCUGGGUCUUCACGCCAACAACGCGCGACACGCGAGAAGUACAGGAUCCGACGACGACUGGGACAGCGAAGAGGAAUGGUCGAGCGCGAGCGAUGCCGACUCGGACGCGGCCGCGUGCCGCCAACAAACGGAGCGCCGUCUCCCCGCGCUUCUUGAACGGAAUCGCCUCCUCAGCCGCCGCGUCAAGGACGCAGCGGCCAGAGCACUCGCGCCGAUGAGGAUAAUCCUGCACGCUCAAGCGCCUCCGGAGCAAGGCGAGGUCGAUUCCCAGCAGGCCCAGCUCCAGAACCUCAGUAUCGGUACGACGGGGACGAGCGAUACCGCCAAGCCCGAGGCCCCGGCCCCAUCACCUUCUGAAGCACCUGCGCCCUUCGACUCCUUCCCGCUGCUCCGGCUCCCUCGGGAGCUGCAGCUAGUCGUGGCACGCCACUGCUCGGGUGACGCAGAGGCACUGUCCGAGGCCCAGUGGAGCCGGAUCACGACCUACGCGGGCGAGCGCGCCAGCCUUGCCCGCAUGGCCGAACGGUCGCGGCUGGCGCUGUUCGCCGCAGCCACUGGCCCGAGCCGGGCCGCCCGUCUCGAGCGCAAGACCAAGAUGCUCGAGGUGCUCGACGAGUGGCGCUCGCGGUAUCGCUGCGACCAGUGGGAGAUCAACCCCGAGCCUAGCGGCUUGUGGUAGUGUAAUUCGGCCUGCCGGCCGGUGUACUGUAAGACAUCCGUGUAAUAUGUUGACCUGUACGAAUAGAGCGAUACAAUGCAUGGAUAAUGUGUGGC